ACGCCGUCAGCUCCCGCGGCCUGUUUUAACGAGAAGUGGAGGAAGGCGGGAAAACGUACCCUCAAAUAUUCCCCAAUAUCUCUCCCUCUCCUCUCAAUUCUCAAGAGUGAGUGAGGGCUCGUAAAUAAAAAUCAUGGGCCAUGGCGGUUUCAAUUCCUCAGAAAUCCUCAACGAAAUCCAAACCCUAAUUUCAGAUCGGCUCCAAGUGAAACGAUUUCCUUCUCAGGUAUCAUACAAGUGGCUUAGCCGCAAUUUCUCUGUAUCAUCAAACAUUGCUAAAAGACUGCUUCAAGAGUUUGUUGAUUGUCAUGGAGAUGGGUUAGAAGUAAUUUAUGCGCUAUCUGGGUGGUCAACCAGCAAACAUCCAUACUACUCCAUAAGACUGGUGUCAAGGUUUAACCUUGAUGAAGUCCAGCGGGAGUUUAAAGAUGGUUGUUCUGUUCAGGUAUACAGCGUGCAACCUUGUAUCCCAAAGGAUCCCACGGAACUCUGGAAUGCCGAAUUUGUACAGGCAGAGGAGCUCUUUAAUCAGCCUUCAACUGUGGAAAACUGUUUGAGGGAUAACAGGUUCAGUGCAGUUUCAAACUCUUUUGUCAAGCGCAACACUAGUGGAGCACCUUUGCGUGUUGGGCAUCCGGAGCCUAAGAAGGGUUCAGAUGUGGCGGUCCCGUCACGAAAUAAUGGUAUUGUGCUUAAAAGGCAAAUGGAUCCUCAGGCACAAAAGGAAAAAGCACCCCAAACAAGUACGGAAGAGGGCUUACAGGAGAAGGCUGCAGUAAUAGUCAUAAAAAAUCAAGGUGCCCAACAAAUUCAUAAUCAGGGUGGUAGGCCACAAGUUGACACAAUUCAUGUUGGUAAAAAGAAAACCACUAAUGACAAAAGCUCAUCUGCGGGAUCUCUUGCAAGUUUAUGGGACCGUGCAUCUGCAAAAUCAAAGCCUAGCUCUGACCAGAUAGAUUCGGUCGAGAGUGUUCCAAAAACCAUAUUGAGUGCUGAAGGUCAUAUACGUGCCCGUGAGGCGGUGGAGGAGAUGAGUAGUGGCGAUGAAGAGGAAGGCUUUUCACGAAGAAGAAUAUCAAAUAAUGGUGGAAAUGGAAGGAAGCGGAGGGUAGUUUUUUGUCCUUCAGAUGAUGAUGACGAUGAUGAUGAAAUUGUUGUAAGCAUUGCAACACCAGAGCCUCCAAAAAGCAGAUCGGUUUUUGGAGCUGAAGCUGGUAUUAAUAACUCUGGGUCUGCUCUGGAGAAAAUGGAUAUGCAUACUAAAGAGCAGAAUAGUGAUGGGCAUCUGAAAGAGAAACAGCAACAUAGAGACAAUGGUGUGAGGACGACUGAGAAAAUAGAAGAUGCUAGCAAGGGUGUGGUGUCUAAGGUACCUUCGUCUGAGGUGAUUCGUGGUCAUAUUAAUGGAGAACAAAAUAAUGAAGAUAAGAAUGCUGCCAUCGCUCCUGCAGGCCCACCUAAGCGGAGAAAAGUUCUCAAGACACGGAUUGAUGAGCGGGGGAGAGAAGUGACUGAGGUUGUAUGGGAGGGAGAUGCUGAUGACAGCAGUAACACAGCCAAGGAGGCAAUAACUAACAAUACUGACAACAGGUCUACUGCAGCACCUAAAGCACCGGCUCCAGUGAAGGCUGCUCCAUUUAAUCCCCCUGCUAAGGGUGGUGUUAAGAAACCUGCCAAAGGUGGAGUGAAGGAUCCUAAACAAGGAAACAUCCUUUCAUUCUUCAAAAAGGCUUGAGGAUCGGUCAGGGAUCUAAUGCCAAUGAAGCUUUCUUGUUACUGAAAACUGUGAAUCUUAAUGUUAAUAUAGUGAUUAUGCUGUCUUAUUCAUUGGUUUUUAAAGCUGGAAAUUAAGAGUUCCUUCA